AUGUCGUCCGACGAGCUCUUUGCAACUGCAGACUUCUGUCUCAUCCCCAUCGGCACGGGAAACGGCCCCUCGGUUGCAGAGCACGUAGCGGAAUGCGCCCGCGUUCUAGAAAAGACGGGGCUCAAGUAUGAGAUGCACGGCUACGGCACAAACCUCGAAGGCCCCUGGACAGCAGUCUCCUCCGCCAUCCGCGCCUGCCACGCCGCCGUGCACGCCAAAGGCGCGCCGCGCAUCGCGACGGACAUCCGCAUCGGCACCAGCGCGCCCGGUUCGAAGCGCAAGUUGAUGGACGGUGCGAGGGGCGAGAACGAGCAUAAGGUUAUGCGGGUUCGGGAUAUUCUUGGGAGGGCGAAGGCAAAGCUUUGA